GAAGUCCUGAAUACGAUGGCAAGUCGUAGGUUCAACAGCUUCAUCCUCCUGUUAGUCCUCACGCUGAUGACGAACGUCGAGCGUGCUCGGUCCGACGUUCGCGGCAAUGGCUUCGUUCGAACGACGGGAACGAAGUUCGUUGCAAACGGAAAGCCAUUUUACAUAAAUGGCUUCAAUGCUUACUGGUUGAUGGUGUUUGCAUCGGACACUUCCACGAGGAGUAAGGUUAGCGAUGUGUUCCGAGAAGCCUCCAAGUACGGCAUGAAGGUGGCUAGAACUUGGGCGUUUAACGACGGCGAUUACAAGCCUCUGCAGACCUCUCCUGGUUCGUACAACGAAGACGUGUUCAAGGGACUGGAUUUUGUUGUAGCAGAAGCUAACAAGCACGGGAUUCACUUGAUCAUGAGCUUGGCGAAUAACUUCAAAGAUUACGGAGGAAAAGAUAAAUACGUUCAAUGGGCAAAGCAAAGAGGACGGAACCUGAGAAAUGAAGAUGAUUUUUUUACAGACGCUGUUGUCAGAGAAUACUACAAGAAUCAUGUUAAGGCGGUGUUGACGAGAGUCAACACUAUUACCGGAGUGGCGUAUAAAGAUGAUCCCACCAUUUUUGCUUGGGAACUUAUGAACGAACCUCGUUGCCCCACUGACCCAUCAGGAGCUCAUCUUCAGAGCUGGAUAAAAGAAAUGGCUGCACAUGUGAAGUCCAUCGACAAUCACCAUCUACUGGAAAUAGGUCUCGAAGGAUUUUACGGCGAAUCGAUUCCCGAGAAGACACAAUACAAUCCGAAUAGUUACCUCAUCGGGACCGACUUCAUUUUGAAUAACCAGAUUCCCGAGGUCGAUUUUGCCACUAUCCAUAUCUACCCUGAGCAAUGGUUACCGUCGACAAAUAUGAGCGAAGAGGCGCAGCUUGGUUUUGUGGACAAGUGGAUUGAAGCACAUGCUGUGGACUGUAACUAUGUGGUGAAAAAACCAGUUGUGAUAGGAGAGUUCGGCAUGUCUUUUAAGCUGCCGGGGUACAGCUUGGAGAAGAGAAACAGCUAUUUCAAGAGGAUUUACAACGCCAUCUACAGCAGUGCGAGGGGUGGGGGAUCGUGUGCCGGUGGGCUGUUUUGGCAGCUGUUGAGCGUUGGGAUGGAUAACAUGGGAGAUGGUUACCAGGUUGUUUUGGAACAGAGCCCUUCCACUGCUUCGAUCAUUGCUCAACAGUCUCGGUUGCUGUCGUCUCUCACUUGAUUUGAACAAUCAAUCAUAUCCGAUGGGCAAGUUGUUGGGAUG